AUGUGACCGGCCGCCAUGUUGGAAUUGGCAUUCGCUGCCAGUCAGUCUCUAAACAUGGACACGUGCAGCGGACUAAGUGGGGAGUCGGGGCUCCGGGUGACAGGCAGCGUCUCCCCACUGACCCCAGGGCCCGAGGAGGUGCUUCGUUACCGCUCUCCGCUUGUGUCCCGCUACGCCAGCCGGGAGAUGGCCUUUAACUUCAGUGACAGCAAGAAAUUCCUCACCUGGCGCCGACUCUGGCUCUACCUGGCACAAGCACAGAGGAGCCUGGGACUUCCAAUUACCGAGGAGCAGAUCCAGGAGUUGGAAGCAAACCUGGAAAACAUUGAUUUCAGGAUGGCAGCGGAGGAAGAGAAGCGUCUUCGGCACGAUGUUAUGGCGCACGUGCACACGUUUGCCCACUGCUGCCCCAAAGCUGCCUCUAUCAUUCACCUGGGGGCCACCUCUUGCUAUGUCGGUGACAAUACUGAUCUGAUUGUUCUUAGAGAUGGUUUUGAUUUGCUGCUUCCCAAGCUCGCGCGGGUGAUCAGCCGUCUGGCCGACUUCGCAGAACGAUAUGCUGAGCUGCCGACGCUGGGAUUCACCCAUUACCAACCAGCUCAGCUGACCACUGUGGGGAAACGCAGCUGUCUCUGGCUACAGGACCUUUGUAUGGAUCUGCACAAUCUUGAGCGAGCAAGGAACGACCUCCGCUUCCGUGGUGUGAAGGGCACGACUGGAACACAGGCCAGCUUCCUACAGCUCUUCGAUGGGGACCAUGAGAAGGUGGAGGAGCUGGACAGGCUGGUGACGAGCAUGGCAGGGUUCAAGAGGGCGUAUAUAGUAACCGGACAGACCUACAGCCGUAAAGUAGAUGUGGAGGUGCUGUCCGUGCUGGCAAGCUUAGGAGCUACUGUGCACAAGAUCUGCACUGAUAUCCGUCUUCUCGCCAAUUUGAAAGAGAUAGAAGAACCGUUUGAAAAGGAUCAGAUUGGUUCCAGCGCCAUGCCCUACAAGCGGAACCCAAUGAGGUCUGAGCGCUGCUGUAGCCUUGCACGCCACCUAAUGACGCUUAUUAUGAACCCUCUACAGACAGCCUCAGUGCAGUGGCUGGAGCGCACGUUGGAUGAUAGCGCCAACAGACGGGUGUGCUUGGCUGAGGCUUUCCUGACCGCAGACAUUGUGCUCAGCACGCUGCAGAACAUCUCAGAGGGCUUGGUGGUAUAUCCGAAAGUGAUUGAGAGACGAAUCCGCCAGGAGCUGCCAUUCAUGGCUACAGAGAACAUAAUUAUGGCUAUGGUAAAAACCGGUGGGAACAGGCAGGACUGCCACGAGCGUAUCCGGGUGUUGUCCCAGCAGGCUGCAGCUGUUGUCAAGCAGGAAGGGGGAGACAAUGACUUGAUCAGCAGGAUUCGUGCUGACCCCUACUUCAAUCCCAUACACUCACAGCUAGACCAGCUUCUGGACCCCAAAUCCUUUAUUGGCCGAGCACCACAGCAGGUGCGUAGAUUUCUGAAGGAGGAGGUGCUUCCCAUGCUGGCGCCGUAUCACAGUAAGAUGGACGUGAAGAUUGAGCUGGAGCUGUGAUCUGCGACAAUUAGAGAUAUUUAUUUUGCAAAUAAAAGAACCUGAUAGAUUUCA